AUGGGAAUAAGAAAUGAAGCAACAGUGGAAGAAGCAGUGCUUAAAGCUAGAAGAAGAAGGCAUCGAAAUACGUUGCUAACUGAAGUGGAGGCAGAGCUGACUAAAGUAGAAGAGAAGAUAUGCAAAAAUUCAGAAGAUGUGUGUCUAUGGAAAUAUAAAUCAGGAUUUAAAGAGAAAUUUUCAACUCGGGAGACCUGGGAGUUACUAAGAGAGGAACAUACUCAUUGUAGUUGGGGGAGAGGUAUAUGGUUCGCGCAAGCCACUCCUAAGUUUGCUUUCUUGACUUGGCUAGCAAUGCUUAACAGACUUGCAACUAUGGAUAGAAUUGAGAAAUGGAGUCAAGGUGUGGAUGUUACAUGUGUUCUUUGCAAGAGUGCUGGAGAAUCCCGCAAUCACUUGUUCUUUGAAUGCUCAUACACGUCUCAGCUUUGGGAGCAUCUUGUAAAGGGGAUUCUGGGAAGAGAUUUUACUACAGACUGGUCGGAAGUUGUGGUGUUGUUAUCACGGGUUGAUAAUGACAAGAAGAGAUCUUUCUGUACUCGAUAUGCUUUCCAAGCUAUUGUGCACACAGUAUGGAUGGAGAGAAACAAAAUAAGACAUGGUGAGAAACCUUUACCUCUGGAAGUAAUGAAGAAGCGGAUUGACAAAGGAGUUAGGAACAAGCUAAGCAUAAUGAGAUUGAAAGGAGGAAAGGGUAUGGAGAAUGCUCUUCAAUAUUGGUUUAGUACAAGAGUGUAG